AAUCCCACGCUUUCAGCGGAACACCUGAACGCACCGGCAGCUCCCAGAAGAGUCGCGUGGGAGUGAGACUGUGGGAGUUCCUCAGAGAGGUCAAUUUUUCACCAACAAAUAACUUUUUAAAUGUCUCCGCCGCUGAAAAUGUUGUGACUCGUACGCUAUACAACCUGUCCUCCAUACCUUCUUGUUGGAGCCAUGCAGCGGGAGCUCCUGUUCAAAGUGUUGGUCAUCGGCGACUUGGGGGUGGGCAAGACGUCCAUCAUUAAGCGGUACGUCCACCACAUCUUUUCGCAGCAUUACCGAGCCACCAUCGGGGUGGACUUCGCCCUUAAGGUGCUUCAGUGGGGCCACAACAUCGUCAUCCGUCUUCAGCUGUGGGACAUAGCAGGACAGGAGCGCUACGGCAACAUGACGCGUGUCUACUACCGUGAGGCCGUGGGCGCGCUGGUGGUCUAUGACAUCACGCGAGCGUCCACCUUUGAAGCUGUGCUCAAGUGGAAAGACGACCUGGACUCCAAGGUGACGCUGAACCACGGCAGGCCCGUUCCGGCCGUCCUCUUAGCCAACAAAGCAGACCAGGCGACGUGCCAGCAACCCAAACUGGACGCCUUCUGCCGCGAGAACGGCUUCAUCGGCUGGUUCGGGACUUCGGCCAAGGACAACACAAACAUCGAGGAGGCAACACGCUUCUUGGUGGAGCACAUCCUGAGCAACGAGGAGAGUCCGCUGACCGAGCGGGAGCCCCCCUCCCUCGUGCUGUCCGGGUACGCCAACGCCACCAAGCAGCACAUCAACUGCUCAUCUUGUUCCAAAUGACAACUCCCUGACCAAUCAGAGACAACCGGAAAGUGAACGUCGUCUGCUACAGAGGAAACAGCUUUCAGUUCAACUCCAUACAGCCUUCAGGUUUUUAUGUUAAAUUGGUGCUUUCUUUCCUUUUUGCAAUUUCCUGCUUGACAGGGCUGGAACCACUGUCUGCACGUUUAUGGUGGGAUCUGUGUGACACUUCAUUAGGUACACCUGCACAAACAAAGAGCUGUAUUAAAAAGAUACAUAGUCGUUCCUCCUUUAUCGCUGUUAAUUGGUUCCGCACAAGACCGCAAUAAAUGAAUUUCCAAAA